GUCCGAGUGGUUAAGGAGACAGACUCGAAAUCUGUUGGGCUUUGCCUGCGCAGAAAAUUGAGAAUUCAUUCAUUGAUUGAUAUCUGAGAUGGUUAGGGUCACCGGAAAGCACACAUCAACGAGGUUACUCCUCAUAUGUGUAGCCCUUUUGGCCUUUGCUUUCCUUGCCGACAUUUUCUGGGCUUCUUCACCUCGUUUUUCCUCUCAAUGGACUUCUCAAGAUAAACCCCAAACCACCAUUGUAUUGCCCCCAAAGGAAAAAACUAUCAGAUAUAAGAAUGAAACUGUUUCCGGGAGAAUUCUUUCAGCAACUUAUGCGGAUCUGCCUGCACCAGAAUUACAAUGGGAAAAGAUGGCUCCUGCACCUGUACCUCGUCUUGAUGGCGCUGCAAUACAAAUAAAAAACCUUCUUUUUGUGUUUGCCGGAUAUGGAACCAUCGAUCUUGUGCAUUCUCAUGUCGAUAUUUACAAUUAUUCUGACAACACAUGGGGAGGAAGGUUUGAUAUGCCAAAAGAGAUGGCACAUUCACAUCUGGGAAUGGUAACAGAUGGGGGAUACAUUUAUGUCGUGACGGGACAAUAUGGACCGCAAUGCAGAGGGCCCACAGCUCGUACAUUUGUGCUCGAUACCAAGACAAAGAAGUGGAACGACAUGCCACCUUUACCAGUUCCUAGGUAUGCACCUGCAACCCAACUAUGGAGAGGUAGACUCCAUGUGAUGGGAGGUAGCAAGGAAAACCGACAUACCCCUGCACUGGAGCACUGGAGUCUUGCUGUGAAGGAUGGUAAAGCGUUAGAAACCGAAUGGAGGCCCGAAAUACCUAUUCCUCGUGGAGGACCUCAUAGGGCUUGCGUUGUAGUUAAUGAUCGACUUUAUGUAAUUGGUGGUCAGGAAGGUGACUUUAUGGCAAAACCCGGAUCGCCUAUUUUCAAGUGUUCUCGAAGGAAUGAGGUUGUAUAUAAUGAUGUUUAUAUGUUGGAUGAUGAGAUGAAGUGGAAAGAACUACCCCCAAUGCCGAAACCAGAUUCCCAUAUCGAAUUUGCUUGGGUGAUUGUCAACAAUUCUAUUGUCCUUCUCGGAGGCACAAGCGAUAAGCACCCUUUAACCAAAAAGAUGAUUUUGGUUGGAGAAAUUUUCCAAUUUAACUUGAAUAAGCUGGAGUGGUCAGUGAUUGGAAAACUUCCAUUCCGAGUAAAAACCACCCUAGUCGGGUUCUGGGAUGGUUGGUUGUAUUUCACAUCAGGACAACGAGACAAGGGACCGGAGGAUCCUGGACCGAAGAAGGUGAUCGGAGAAGUAUGGAGAACCAAAUUAAAAUUGAACUCAUGAUUUUUCUUCCCAAUAUUUUCUUCUCAAGUCAAAAGAGCCUCUUAGUGAUUUUUCUUGACAUUUGUUAUAUUCUUUUAUGAGUUAGGAAUUCAAUUGAAGGUAAAGCAAAUAUUUUUACCCAAUUCUCAUAGUUAAAACACAUUACUAAUCAUAUAUUUGUUUUGGUGAAUGUAUAAUGGUAUAUAUAGAUGAUACAAUUCUCUUUGUUCA